GGACCCAGCUAUGUUUGAUAACAUUCAGAUGCGUUGUUGGCACCACCUGACCGCCUGUCAUCUGAAUGAAAUGCGAUGGCGUUAUAGCUGCCAACCAGCUGACUGCAUGGUUGCGAACAAUGUCUGAGGCAUCCGCAGUGAAGCUAAUGUUGUCUAUCUCUCCCGGUUGUUCUGAAAGCUGCACAUUGCGUUUGUUGACGGCGGUCCAGAGUGGGCAUCAAGGCGAAGGCAAGUCCUCGGGAUCCCAAACGUGGGGAGAUGCGCUUUAAUUUAGGCGAGCGCGUUAUGUCCUCGCUCUGCUAUCGUAAGCGAUCCGAGAGAUUUUGGACUGCCGAAGACUUCAAACGGUUGUUGCGGAGUGGCAUUCAUCAUUGUAUGUAACCAGGAAUGUUCAAUCGUUCAUGUUCUACGUCGUGAGAUGCAAUUCCCCAUUUACGGGAUGUAGCAUGUUUCUCUCUUUCUAAGACUUUGGCGGUGAAAUCUGAAGGACAACAUACUUACCUGUCGCAUGGGGAUAAUUUCAAUCAGGCUAUUGGCGGCUCUGUCUGUUCCCCAGCUCUGUGGCACCUCAGAAACGAUAGAAGUCGUCAGGAAUUACUCAAAAGCAUAUGAGGACAUUGCCCCUCUGUGCCAGCGCGAGGAGCACCGGUUCAGUAGCUGCCUGGUGGACUGGUUGAGAUGCUACUAUAAGAAGGACUGUGGACGAGAGUACAUGUUGAUGAAAUUGAUCUGUUCAGUGAGCUCGAACCAGAGCAGCCCCAGCCAUGAGUACCCUGACUGCCGUGAUGGGGGCAGUGAGGCCAGCCUGCUGGUGUCUCCUCUGGUGGUGGCGGGCAUCGUCAUCGGCCUGGUGCUCUUCCUCUCCUGCGUCACCAUCAUCGUGGGCAGCCUGCGCAAGGACAGCCGCCUCCGCAACCCGCACCUGCGUGCCAGCUACGCCCCUGAUGGCUUCUCGUACGGUGGCUCUAUUGGUGAGCUGAGGUCCACCUGCAUUGAGGAGUUCCCCCCUGCGUUUGACUUUGACUCCUAUGUGGAGACCCUCUCACAGGUCAAUGUCAUGUACCCAGACUCACCGCCAUGUUAUGAUGAAUGUGUGGGACCGGGUGCAACGCAGAUCUAUGUCCCCACCGACGACCCCCCUCCGUACUCUCUGAUGGACCCGUGCCAAGGCCGAGAGGACCAGCCGGACCUCCACACCUACCUGGAGAUGGGCGAGCCGUCCACCGGUGGGGCCUCCUGGGUGGCUGUGGGCGGAGCCUCCCAGUACCCAAUCAGACUGUGUGAGCUGCGGCGGCAGCCAAUCGCCUCCAUCUCCCUGUCGGCGCUGCCGCUGGAGGAGGCGCCGGCGUAUGAGGCGGUGGUGGGCGGCGGGCCCGGUCAGAACCGGACCAUCCCCCUGAUGCCCACGGAUCUGCUGAAGCACACAGCGGAGACGAGCAGCAGCAGCCCACAGCACGCAGUGUCACACCGAAUCCUCUAGAAUAACCCCACCCCGCUGUAGAAUCCUACCCUCCCCUCGUGUCGGGUCCUCUGUGUAGCUUCACUCUCUCUUGCUGAAACAGCACCCACUAGUGUUCGUAGAGGGUACUGCAGAACAUUGCAGAGCACAGCAAUAAACUGUAGCAGAGUGAAACUGAGUCUUUACCCCUCACAAGCCAAACCUGGCCCACCACCGCACUCUAGACCUUUGGAUUCCAUUGAGCCCAAUGGAAGGCUGCCAUCGCUUCACAUCCCCUCCCUGCCACCGGGGGCACUGCAGGACAGCAAAAUCCUGUGGGCCACGCUGGAGGGGGAUAUAGCGGAGGACACUUGAGACUUCACUGGAUGUCCAUUGUCAUGCAGCCUAACCUCUAUUGUCUUCUGUGUGUACGUGUCUAUGCGUGUUGGAGUAUGUGUGUGUGUGCCAGUGAAUGUGUGUGUGUGUGUGUGUAAGAGAGAGAGAGAGAGAGAGAUUGUCCAUGUGGGUGUGUUUAAACAGCUUAACUUUCCAACUGUAGUCGUUUGGAUUUACUCACAGUGAUUUGAUCUGAUGAGCCACAUAGGCCCUUAAAGGCUCAACUCAUGCCCAAAUUCCCACACAGAUAUGUACUGUAUAUCAGUAUUUGUGUAUUGUAUCAGGUCCACAACUCCACACUAAUCUACAUCCAUAACGUAAAUAACAGACUCCACAAAGAGACUCCACAAAGCUACACAAAUUAGAAAGUAUCCUCACUUUGUCUUGCUUUGUAGACAUUUGUAUGUGUAGUUUUUGUCUGCCUGCCAAUGUUUUAACAGAAAGCAAGGUUUAUUUUUUAAGAUAACACAUUUAUAGAGGUACUUUUGGAUUUCUUUG